AUGACUUUCUCAGCGAUGAGGAGAGACCAUGGAACCCUUCAAGCUAUGGUCGGAUCAGAUCUCAACGAGCUCGCUACUGCUGCUAAGAAUCUCGCUAAUCACACCUUAAUGCUCACUGGUUUAGGCUUUGGUACUUCUAUCCUCGAAUGGAUUGCUUCAAUCGCCGCCAUAUACUUGUUGGUCUUGGAUCGAACUAACUGGAAGACGAAUAUGCUCACAUCACUUUUGAUUCCUUACAUCUUCUUCAGUCUUCCUUCUGUGAUCUUUGGCCUUUUCAGAGGAGAUGUCGGUAAAUGGAUCGCGUUUGUAGCUGUUGUGUGUCAACUCUAAGAACAAGACUUUUAAGAAUGGUUUGAAUUACCGGCGGCUCUGAUUCUACUCAUCGUGGUGGCUCCGGGGCUCAUCGCCGGCACAUUUAGAGACAACUGGGUUGGUUUAGUCGUAUGCUUAUUGAUCGGAUGUUACUUGCUCCAAGAACAUAUUAGAGCUUCAGGUGGAUUUAGAAACGCGUUCACAAAAGCUCAUGGCAUCUCCAACACUCUUGGGAUCAUAGCUCUCGUCGUCUUUCCCAUUUGGGCUCUUGCCUUUUAA